CUAUAUAUAUUUGCUGUGUUCAUAGAAUCUUCAUAUUACUAAGAGACGCGUCAAAAUAAUAUUCAAAAUGAAACUGAUUAUUUUACUCAGUGUUGUCGCUCUGGCCGCGGCAGCCCCUGCUGACGUCCAGCUCCUACGGUCUGAGUUCAAUAACGAUGGCUUGGGGAACUAUUACACCUCUUUCGAGCAGUCUGACGGUACCAAACAGGAAAGGCGAGGCUUGCUGAAGGACGAGGGUCGCGAAGGCAAAUUCCUGGCGGUGGCUGGCUCAUACGAGUGGGUGGGGCCCGACGGCGUGCGCUACGUCGUACGCUACACCGCCGACGACAACGGGUACCGAACGGUGGUCGAGCAAAUACAACCUAGACCACCAGGACAGCCAAGAGGCUCUGAACAACCCGUACAGCCAAGAUACCCAGGAAUAGGCCUGACACCCAUUCGAGGUUAUGACUAUAGUAAGCCCGCACUCGUCUUCGCUAGCCUAGUGGCGGGGUAAUAGA